AUGUCAUCUUCUUCAUCUUCUGAAGAAUUUCAGACUAUUUUUGAUACCGCUAUUGCGUGUGUUCAAAUGGCGGAACAAACAUACAACGUUGUAUGUAACAACGCAGCUGCAAGUUCUCAACAGAGAACACGAAUAUAUAUUUACAGAAAUCGUGAAGAAGCCAACCAACGUUUGGUGCAAGACUAUUUUGCAGAGAAUGCCACUUACCAAGGGUAUUAUUUUCGUAGGCGUUUCAGAAUGCUCAAAGGUUUAUUCGAACGUAUAGUUGAAGAUGUAACGAGGGAAUGCAGUUUUUUCCAACAAUGCUACGAUGCUAGAGGUACAUCCGGUUUCACUCCGUUACAAAAAUGCACGACCGCACUUCGUCAGUUAGCAUAUGGCAUUCCGCCUGUUGCGUUAGACAGAAGUUUUAGGAUGUUUGCUAGGAUUGCACAAGACAGUCUCCAUUUUUUCUGCAAAACUGUCAUUCAGUUUUAUGGUCCAAAAUAUUUACGUAAGCCUACACGUAAUGACAUCCUGCAAUUGCAAGCUCAUCAUGCUAGUGUGCAUGGGUUUCCUGGAAUGCUAGGAAGCUUAGAUUGUCUCCAUUGGGCAUGGGAAAAUUGCCCUACAGCAUAUGAUGGUUGCAUCACAAGAUAUGUGGAUUUGGCAUGCUUUUUUGGUUCUCCUGGUUCGAUUAACGACAUCAACGUUCUUAACCGUUCACCAAUAUUUAACAACAUAUACGAUGGAUCCGCACCAGAUUCUUCUUUUCAAGUGCGUGGAACGCCAUAUAAGUAUGGUUAUUAUCUGGUCGAUGGAAUCUACCCUGAGUAUGUUGUGUUUGUUAAAUCGUUUUUAGCUCCCCAUGGUUCUAGACGAAAGAAAUUCAAGAGAGCUCAAGAAAGAGUUAGGAAGGAUGUUGAACGUGCUUUUGGAGCUCUGAAGAAACGGUGGUUCAUAUUAAAAAAACCAACAGCUUAUUUGGGCGAGGAAAAACUUCAAGAAAUCAUGUAUACAUGUAUUAUAUUGCAUAACAUGAUUAUUGAAGACGAAGGAAGAACGAUAUGUGCGUUUGAAGUAUAUAAACAGGAGAGCAGAGAUAGGUUGCACUGA